AUGAUUCAAGUGCAUGAGGACGACAGAGACCUCCAGAGAAUCGUGUGGCGAAGUCAUCCCAGUCAACGGUUAGAAACCUACCGUCUGACCACCGUAACUUACGGAACCGCUGCAACUCCUUUUCUGGCAACACGAUGCUUAUUACAGGUGGUGCUUGACAGUCAGCCUACGCAACCGACUGCAGCUGAAGUAAUUAAGAAUGACUUCUAUGUCGACGACCUGCUCACGGGAACGGACACUGUUAGUGAAGCUAUCCAGCUCUAUGACAAUGUCACAUCAUUGCUCAAGAGUGGAGGGUUCCCUGUUCGGAAGUGGCGAUCCAACAGUCUAGACAUUUUGGAGGCCAUUCCAGCUGCACUUCAGGAGACACAGGGGCCUUGCAGUCUUCCUCUUGAUGAGGGUGCAGUGAAGACUCUUGGACUGCACUGGUAUCCCAUUAGUGACUUGUUCCAAUUCAGCGUGGUGGACAGCAGGCACAAGAAUGUGACAUGGACGAGGAGAAUGGUGCUGGCUAAUGUAGCGUCCAUAUAUGACCCAUUGGGAUUACUAGGACCUGUCAUUGUACAAUGUAAGUUAUUCAUUCAAACCCUUUGGCAACGACAGCUGGAGCCUUCAGAACUUGCCACGCGGAGGGAGGAAAUUCACCAACGGCUGCCUGAUCUCAACAGGAUUAGUAUACCUAGAAGAAUUACAGCAGAUGGCACAAGCAUCACUGUAGAACUUCACUAUGUCUGUCUACGUUCCGUAAACCCAAAUGGAACCAUGACACUUCAUCUGUUAUCUUCUAAAUCAAGAGUGGCCCCAUUGAAGCAGGUGUCGCUCCCAAGAGUGGAGCUGAACGCCACCCUUCUUUCAAGCCGGUUAGUAGAUAAGGUGCAUGAGGCCCUCAACCUACAAAUUGUUCAAUGCUUUUACUGGACGGACUCCACAGUUGUUUUAGCCUGGAUAGCUGGGUGCUCAUGA